UUGCCAUGGGGCCGGCGGCCGGGGCUCCGUGCCGGUGCGGCGGGCAGGGGGGAUCCCGGGCGGACCCCUGCGGGGUGCUCUGCCUCCUCCUCACCUACCUCAGCGUGGGCUACGCCGACUAUGUCAUCCUGGAGCACGUCCUGCUCCAGCCGGGCUUCCGGGGCAGCCUGUGGUGUCCCUUCCAUGCUGUGGCUUUCAACCUCAUCGUCCUGAUGCUCCUGGUCUGCCACACGAGGGCUGUUUUCGCUGACCCAGGAGUGGUCCCCCUGCCUGAUACCGCCCUCGAUUUCUCUGAUUUGAGGAGCAGCAGCUGCAAAGAUGCCGCAUAUCAGAAGAGCCAUAGUAACGAAGACUGGACCGUGUGCAACCGGUGUGAAACCUAUCGGCCACCACGGGCCCAUCACUGCCGGAUUUGCCACCGCUGCGUGCGCCGGAUGGAUCAUCACUGCCCUUGGAUCAACAACUGCGUUGGGGAACUGAACCAGAAAUACUUUAUCCAGUUCCUUUUCUACACAGGCUUGGCCAGUCUGUACGCCAUGGGACUGGUGCUGGCCACCUGGCUGUGGCCCAUUGACAGGAGCUCAGCAAGCAAAGCAUCGGGAGCCGAGGGAGGCGUUCCUGGUGACCGGGUCCAAAUUGCCCACCGCAUCAUCUUGCUGGUAGAAUCCAUCCUCUUUGGGCUGUUUGUCAUGGUGAUAUUUUAUGACCAGUUGGUCUCCAUCAUCACGGACGAGACCCCGGUAGAGCAGCUACGCAACCGGCUUCUGAAAGAGGCUCCCCCCCGGGGAGGCAGCCACACCCGGAAGCCCAAGAUCGCCCUGCUGCGUGAGGUGUUUGGCCGAGGUUUUGUGAUCUGCUGGUUUUUCCCGUGCAACUGCAGUUCUCCGGCGGCCGGCGGCGGGCCCUCUUACAGCUAUCUGCCUAACUACGACGUGUGACCCCCCUCUGGCCUGGCCCUCUGCCUCUGCCCUCCCUCCUCUCUCUCUCUCAGCGACGGCAAAGCGUCACCCGCCUUCAUUUGCUUCAGCUUCCUGAGCGAAAGAAGACAGGACGAAGUGGCCGGAGCCGGAAAGGGUCUGUCAGAUGCUGAAGGGGGCGCGGCGGGCUUGCCAGGGUUCAGCACUCAGUGGCCGCCGGCACGUCCUUGCCUCUUCUUUCAAACUCCUGGCCCGCGGGGGCAUUUCUCCAAAUGGCAGCCUUGCUCGCAGCCCGCACCACGUUGAGAUCCUCUUUGGAAACUGAGAAGUGGGCCUGCGAGACAGAAGUGGGGGUGAGACGGAGUACCUGCUUCUUUCGAGCUGAUCCCCGCCUCCCCACCAGCCAUUCAAACGGGUUGGUCCUCCCAACCUCCAAGAACGAGAAAGUCUAGGGGAGGAGCAGUGGCCACCUGUAUCGUUGGCCGAUCGCCCGACGCCUCUAACGGUGACCGGGACCUCCCGUUAAUGGGAAAUCAACGGGCGGGGAAGGCAAAAUUGUUCCCCUUUGGGCUGGCCGCCCCACCCCGUCCCAAUUAAGUAUUUAUCUCCAGAAGCCUUUGACCUCCUGCGUGGGCAUGUGCGGAAGGGACAACCGUAUUUCCCUUGUCCCCAGAACAGCGGGGUCGGUCCAGAAGAACAGGUGGCAGCACCUUUCCAAACACAGCGUCCCUUUCCAGUGCGCCUUCUGCUUGGCCGUGAGUGUGAUCCGUUUUGGCUUCCCAGGGCCCCUGCCUAGCGGCUCCCAGAUUGUGGGGGAUCACCUGUGAGAGGCCUGGUUAAAGGGGGCUGUGUAAUUUCACCAGCUCAUUUGGCUACCUGUUUCCAGCACGGAGCAUCCAAUGAGCAACGCAGCACAGCCGCUGCCUGAUUUUUCAGGGCGGGGAGGGGGGAGACUGUCCCCCCUGACAUCCUCCUCCUCCCAAACCUAGGAGAAGAAACGAAGAUGCAGUUGCUUCCCCUGUCCUGAAUUUGUCUCCUGCUUCCUCCAAAGUCAUACUUGGGCCCCUGUGUAUGUAUAGCUAGACUUAUUUAUUAACUUUAUUUAUUGAGUCUGCCUCAUUUCCAGUUUAGGGGGAAAAAAAAAAAAAAGCUUAAAUGGGUAACAGGUUCAGCAGCCGAUGUUUUUGAAACCAAAUGUCCCAGGAAUGAGCCUUUGCUCCGUUGCUUUGCUCAAAUUGGGCAACUGCUGGCCCUGGAUUGCCCUUCCCUCAUUUGGAUCCCUGGGGCUGAUAGAAGCUGGGGUCCUUUAUAUCUAGACCAGUGUCUCUCAAC